AUGGAGUACGCUGGAAACAUUUAUUCUGAACAAUACUGCGAGAAGGAAGGAGUCACAGCAGCAACGAAUCCGAUGUCUUGUAUCGGAAAUACUCUGUACACUAUAAUUUCCAUUAUUUCGCUCGUAUUACUACCUAUAGUCGCCGUAAAAUAUAGAAAACGUUUUAUUUUCCACACAAAUGUUCUUAUUUUGACCUACAACUUUUUCGCAGCGUCUUUCCUUCAUGCUUUCCUCUUUGCCAUAACUCAGGUAAAAUUAUCUCAGAACAUUUCCGUUGCUCGAGUGAUCAAAUUGAAGAAAAAACUAAAAAGUUCCCGAAGAAUAGCAAUGUUAUGGGAAAAGCUUAUUUAA